CUUUGCGGUCUCCGCCGCCGCCGUCCGCCCUCAGCUCCGGAGAAAAGAUGGUGGGCAGGAACAGCGCCAUCGCCGCCGGCGUGUGCGGGGCCCUUUUCAUCGGGUACUGCAUUUACUUCGACCGCAAGCGACGGAGUGACCCCAACUUCAAGAACAGGCUCCGUGAACGGAGAAAGAGACAGAAGCUUGCCAAGGAGAGAGCCGGGCUUUCGAAGUUACCUGAUCUUAAAGAUGCUGAAGCUGUUCAGAAAUUCUUCCUUGAAGAAAUACAGCUGGGUGAAGAGUUACUAGCUCAAGGUGAAUAUGAGAAGGGUGUAGACCAUCUAACAAAUGCAAUUGCUGUCUGUGGACAGCCACAGCAGUUACUGCAGGUGUUACAGCAAACUCUCCCACCGCCAGUGUUCCAGAUGCUUCUGACUAAGCUCCCAACAAUUAGUCAGAGAAUUGUAAGUGCUCAGAGCUUGGCUGAAGAUGAUGUGGAAUGAGAAACAAAUGUCAACAUGAUAAGAUCUCGGUUUAAAAUGUUCUAAAAAUUCUAAACUUGGAGGCUGAGCAGUUCUGGGGGAGUAAGGGCAGAGAUGCUUGUUAUGGACUACUCCACACUGAAAUCUACCAAAGUUAAUGUUUACUUUGUGUAGAUCCAUUCGUAUGUUUUAUUUAUUUUUCCCAGUGAAAGGUGUAUUUUGAUAGAGAGCUUUUCAUCCUAUAAACUAUGAGAUACUGAAAUAUGGAUUUUGUUUAUUCCUAAAACAUGCAACUAAAAUGUAUAUAUAACAUUACGUAUGUUAAAAUUACCCAGUGCUCAGUUUUGAAACAUAGGCACACAAAAAAAGUGUAGGAGAAAGCUGAAGAAUGCACAUUUUUAGGCUAGUACAUUUUGCUGUAAGAGACUUGAUUGUGAUUGUGAAAACUGAGCAUUAAAAUUUUUGAGUGAUCGUUU